AUGCCAGGCUUCGAGGUAAGCCCUGAGGAAGGCCCCGAACCAGGAUCGCGAUGGACGCUCGUGUUCGACGGUGCUUCCAAUGUUCGAGGUCAUGGUAUAGGUGUUGUUAUCACUUCUUCAACUGGUUUACACCUUCCCUUUACCGCUAGAUUGUGUUUUGACUGCAAUAACAACAUGGAAGAAUAUGAAGCAUGUAUCUACAGUUUAGAGGCGGCAAUCGACUUGAGAAUCAAGAUUCUUGAGGUAUUCGAUGAUUCAGCUCUGGUAAUCAGUCAGGUGAAAGGCGAUUGGGAGACUCGGGAUAGCAAGUUAAUACCUUAUAAAGAGCAUAUCAGAAAACUGAUACCCUAUUUUGAUGAAAUCUCUUUCCACCGUAUUUCUAGGGAAGAAAAUAAGUUAGAAGACGCUCUAGCCACGUUGGCAUCUAUGUUCAAAGUCAAAUGGAAGAAUGAAGCAUCGUCCAUCCAGAUUGACCACUUAGAUGAACCAGCAAUCAAGGCUGAUCCUGAUGAUAAGCCUUGGUUCUAUGAUAUAAAAACAUUUCUAGAGAAACAACAAUAUCUCAAGGGUAUAUCCAUUACCGAUAAGAAAGCUCUGAGAAGACUCUCUUCCAAGUUCUUCAUAAACGGUGAUGUACUAUACAAGGAGAAUUAUGAUUCCAUACUGCUCAGAUGCAUGAUAGACACGAAGCUACUACAUUCAUAA